UUUGUUGACUAAUUUCAUCAUAUAGUUCAAAAAUGCUACUGUAGAAUUGGAUAAUUUCAUCACUUCAUUUAUUCAUCUCACACUUUUCAAUGCUUCUUUCUCACUCUCAUCAUCAUUAUCAUUUCCAUCUUAAGACCCGCAUGCAUAUAGUGCUGCAGCUACUCACCUCACCCACUUCGGCUUUAAGUCUCCCAAAUGAACAUCUUGUGACUGAAAAUCUCCCUUUUUCUUUAAAGUGUGCAGAGAUUCACGUGCCCAUUGAACAGAAUUUGGUUUUUUCCGGAUUAUAAUAUAAAUUCCUUUCUGGGUUCAUCGAUCUUUUUUUAAAAUCUCUUAAAUGAGAAGGGUUUGUUGAGUUUUGCCCUUUGGGGGAAGCUUUUUGGUGGUUUUUCUGAGAUGGGUCGGUGGGGUUUUAGUGGGGUUUUGUUUGUGUUUGGUUUUCUCUGGUUAUUGAGCGGCGGUGGCGGCGGAGGCAGCAGCGGAGUUGAGGGUUUUCCGAGUGAAGAUCUGGUGCUGCGGCUGCCAGGUCAGCCGCUGGUUAAGUUCAAACAGUAUGCUGGAUAUGUUGAUGUGGAUGUGAAAAAUGGGAGGAGUUUGUUCUACUAUUUCGUUGAAGCAGAGGAGCAGCCAGAGAAGAAACCUCUCACUCUAUGGCUCAAUGGAGGUCCUGGUUGUUCCUCUGUUGGUGGAGGUGCUUUUACAGAGUUGGGUCCUUUUUAUCCCAGUGGGGAUGGAAGAGGCCUCAGGAAGAAUCCCAUGUCUUGGAAUAAAGCUUCAAAUCUUCUCUUUGUUGAAUCUCCUGCUGGAGUAGGAUGGUCAUACUCAAACACAAGUUCAGAUUAUAACUGUGGGGAUGCCUCAACUGCCAGGGAUAUGCAUAUGUUUAUGAUGAAUUGGUAUGAGAAGUUUCCAUCAUUUAAAACCAGCGCGUUGUAUCUUACAGGCGAAAGUUAUGCAGGGCAUUACAUACCACAGUUGGCUAUUGCUCUGUUGGAUCACAAUGCAAAGUUCAGUGGUUUCAAGUUCAACAUCAAAGGAGUUGCUAUCGGGAACCCUCUAUUGAAACUCGAUAGAGAUGUUCCAGCAACAUAUGAGUAUUUUUGGUCGCAUGGAAUGAUUUCAGAUGAAAUUGGCAUGACCAUCAUGAGUGAAUGUGAUUUCGAGGAUUAUACUUUCACAAGUCCUCAUAAUGAGUCACAUUCAUGCAAUGAAGCCAUAUCCAUGGCAAACCACGUUGUUGGAAAUUACAUAAAUAAUUAUGAUGUCAUCCUUGACGUGUGCUAUCCAUCUAUAGUGGAGCAAGAGCUACGGUUGAGGAAAAUGGCUUCAAAGAUAAGUUUGGGGGUUGAUGUGUGCAUGACCAUGGAAAGAAAAUUCUACUUCAACCUUCCAGAGGUUCAGAAAGCCCUUCAUGCUAACCGAACUAAAUUACCUUACCAUUGGUCGAUGUGCAGUCCUGUUAUAAAUUACAGCGACACCGAUGGUAACAUCAACAUACUUCCAUUGCUUAAAAGGAUAAUUGAAAAUCGAAUCCCGGUUUGGGUUUUCAGUGGGGAUCAAGAUUCUGUCGUACCCUUGAUGGGAUCUCGAACGCUCAUCCGUGAACUCGCUCAUGAUCUGAAGUUCAAGAUUACAGUCCCAUAUGGGACAUGGUUCCACAAAGGCCAGGUUGGAGGUUGGGCAAUUGAGUACGGAAAUUUGUUGACCUUUGCGACAGUAAGGGGUGCUGCUCAUAUGGUACCUUAUGCGCAGCCAUCAAGAGCAUUGCAUCUGUUUAGUUCGUUUGUUCACGGCUGGCGACUGCCUAAUUCAACUCGCCCUUCAAUUGAAGAUUAGAUAAGUUUUCUACACAGAUCACUCUUACUUCAUAUGCAUUCUGGAAAAUGGAAAAUAAGAAAAUAAGUAACAUUCAAUCCCCAAGUCUGGGGAAAUUUACAAUAUUGAAUUAUCUGGUAUACCAGCAUGAGUUCAUUGAAAGUUUGGGUUUGAAUUAGAAUUAAGAAGAAAUUGAUUCUCUGGAUUUCUCCAGUUCUAUACACCAUUGUAAGCUACGGUUAGCGCCAGAACAUGGUUAGACAAUUAAAGCUUUAGUUGUCUUUCAUAUGUAUGGAAAGUCUUCAAAAUUAGCCUAAAUUGUAUAAGCCACACUGGUUGUUGUUAC